AGUUAAAAUAAAAUUAGCCAGAGCAACUGGGAAGCGAGGGGAAGCGGGCGCAUUCUGGGAUAGAUCUAGGGCGGAUCACAGACGAAGGUAUUUCUCCUGCUCCCUUGAUCAUAAAAAAAUUGAAUUUUCUCGUUGAUUUUGACCCUUGGGUGGGAAAUUUGGGCGCGUUUAAUUUACCAUUAAUCGGAGCACUUGUUUUCAACCAUUGUACUGAUAAAUUCAGCUAUUGUGUUCAUUGCUUUAUUUGAAAAGGCUGUUUAUAGAAGGCUGCUUGCCUUUGCUGGAAGAUUCGGUUACAUUGAUAAACAAACAUUAAUAAGAUCAAGCCACAAAAUACAGGUAUAAGGGGUGGUGACUGGUCCUUGAAAGGUCUUAAAAAACCGUGGGGCUCUCAAAAUUUUCGUAGAAUUUCAUUAGUCUCGCAGUUUCUUUCUUUUUUUUUUUUUUUCCAAUUUUCCACAGAGCUGUCUCGGAGUCUCGAUUUUUUGCGACGCUAAGAAAGUCUCGAAUUCUUGUUUUGUUUGUUUUUUUUAUUUUCACAGACAACAUCUAGGUGUCGCAAUUUGCAAAGAAAAAGGCUAGUCUUGCCUUCUAAUUAAACAUUCCGCAUGUUAUAUGGAAAUGUUACAUGGAAAUUUGUCCUGUCGGGUGUUCGAAGAUCGGGGUUCCCCCUGGUGACAGAUAGCUGCGACGAGCACCGUUGACGUCAGCACGGAUUUUCUUGACAACUAAUGCCUGACAACCGUAGUAGUCAUUCAUUUAUUAAAUAGAGGAGAAAAUGAGGUCUGUUCUUAAAUGGUAAAGGUUUGAUUUGAAGAAACCGAACAAGAUUCUCUGAUUGACACACCAAAUUUCCACAGUGUCCGAAAAACCUUAACAUGGGAAUUCAAAAUAGUGGCUCAACGAUCGUCUUAAUUGUUAUUUCAACCCUUUAUCAUUUGUCAUCGGCCAGCAACUGCUUCAGCCAAGGCUUUUCUUUCCAAAGUAAUGCUUUGUACUCUCGAUGGCUCAGAAGUCCUUCCUAUCCAAACAACUACCCACCCUCCAGUAAUUGCUUAUGGAGUCUGCAGAGGCCAACGUCCGCGUACGCAGUGAAGUUGGCAUUCAGUUCCUUCUUUCUGGAGUCAAAGUCCAGUUGUUCAGAUGAUUAUGUGGAGAUUCGCGAUGGAGAUUUGCUAUCGACAAGCAAGCUGAUUGGAAAGUUUUGUGGAAGUCGGCGGCCGCCGAUAAUAGUGUCAAACUACAAAUACAUUUUUGUGAGAUUCGUCAGUGAUUUUGAUAAUUAUCCUUUCAUACGGAAGUUCUCUGCUACGUUUCGAGCAAUAAUACCAGGUACGAGGGAGAUAAUAUCCAGUUAUUAUGGAAUUAGCUAGUCACUCCAUAUUGGGAAGUAUUGGUCUCGUUGGUUUCUACAUGUGUAUGUCCAUAAAUUUGCAAAAAACAAAAACAAAGAGAAUGAGACCAAUACUUUUUUAAUAGUGCAAUACGUACCGAACAAGCUAUGUAGUCCAAUAAGAGGUCUACCAUUAAUAACGGCUAUUUUAACACUCUACUGA